AUAUAGAUGAGUGUUCCUUUGAAAGGACCUGUGAUCACACCUGCAUCAACUACCCUGGAAGCUUUGAAUGUCUCUGCCAUAAAGGCUACACCUUGUAUGGACUGACACACUGUGGAGAUAUUGAUGAAUGCAGCAUCAGCAAUGGUAGCUGUGACUAUGGGUGUCUCAAUACAAUGGGGAGCUAUGAGUGUGUUUGUCCACCUGGAAAGAAACUGCACUGGAAUAAAAAGGACUGCGUUGAGACGGUGAAAUGUCUCCCUAAUGCCAAGCCAGCUCCCAAGGCUCAGCUAGUGUGUAGUAAGACAGGAGGCAUAGAGAGCUGCUUCCUGUCAUGCCCAUCCAAUACUCUUUUUGUUCCAGAUUCGGAGAACAGCUACACACUGAGCUGCGGUGUCCCCGUCCAGCAAGGCAAGGCUCAGCAGAAACGCAAUGCGACCCUGCCCAGCUGCGCAGAUUCAUUGGCCCCACCAAUCAAGCAGAAAGCUCGUUUUAAAAUUAAAGAUGCAAAAUGUCAUUUACGGCCUCGCAGCAAAGAAAAAACAAAAGAUUCUGGGAAGCAAGCUGGUUUAGACAACUGCCAGGUGACCUUUGUGAAUCUCAAGUGUGAUUCAUCCAAGAAAAAACGCCGAGGCCGUAAGUCACCAUCAAAAGAAGUGUCUCAUAUCACCGCAGAGUUUGAAGUGGAGAUGAAGUCAGAAGAAGUCUCAGACACCUGUAACAUUGACUGUGUUCGGAAAAGGAUGGAGCAGAAGCUGCAAACUGCAAUCAAAACAUUGAGGAAAUCUAUUAAUAAACAGCAAUUUUACAUUCAGUUUUCUGGGACAGAAUAUGAAGUGGCUCAGAAGCCAGCUAAAGCUACUGAAGGGCAUGAAGCUUGCAGUACAGGGCAAGUGCUGCAGGAUGGAAAAUGCGUUACCUGCAGCACGGGCACCUUUUAUAGUGGAGAACAAAAUCAGUGCGUUCCUUGCUCACCAGGAACAUACCAAGACACAGAAGGUCAACUUACCUGUGAGCCUUGCCCAAGUAACGAUGGACAGGGAGUAGCAGGCGCCCGGAAUGUGUCAGAAUGUGGAGGGCAAUGUUCUCCUGGACACUAUUCUUCAGAUGGUUUUAAACCUUGUAGAGUCUGUCCUCUUGGUACAUACCAGCCUGAACCAGGAAGAACCCUCUGCUUUCCAUGUGGUGGUGGGCUUGUGACGAAGUAUGAAGGUGCUGUUUCCUUUCAAGACUGUGAAACCAAAGUUCAUUGUUCUCCUGGACACUACUACAACUCCACAACACACAGAUGUAUCCGAUGCCCUGUGGGAACAUACCAGCCUGAGUUUGGUCAAAACUACUGCAUCACCUGCCCUGGAAACACAAGUACAGAUUUUGAUGGCUCCACCAAUGUUACGCACUGCAAAAACCAGCACUGUGGAGGAGAACUUGGGGAUUAUACUGGCUACAUUGAAUCACCCAACUAUCCUGGAGACUACCCAGCUAACGUUGAAUGCAUCUGGAAUAUAAAUCCACCCCCAAAGAGGAGAAUACUCAUCGUAGUACCUGAGAUCUUUCUCCCAAUUGAAGAUGAAUGCGGUGAUGUUUUAGUAAUGAGAAAAAGUGCAUCUCCUACUUCAAUUACUACAUAUGAAACAUGUCAGACUUACGAAAGACCUAUUGCAUUUACCUCAAGAUCAAGGAAGCUCUGGAUUCAGUUCAAGUCAAAUGAAGGGAACAGUGGCAAAGGAUUCCAGGUCCCCUAUGUGACUUAUGAUGAGGAUUACCAACAACUAAUAGAAGAUAUUGUUCGAGAUGGACGAUUAUAUGCCUCAGAAAAUCAUCAAGAAAUUCUAAAGGACAAGAAACUGAUUAAAGCUCUCUUUGAUGUACUGGCACACCCACAAAACUAUUUCAAGUACACAGCACAAGAGUCAAAAGAGAUGUUUCCAAGAUCAUUUAUCAAGCUACUGCGAUCAAAAGUUUCCAGAUUUCUACGACCAUACAAAUAGUCUACUGGUAUUCAAUUUUGGGUUACUUUACAUUCCUGUCAAAUAUUGUCUUUUCUCCAUAGUAGAAACAUUCACUAAUUUGAAGGCUCUUUUUUGCAGUCUUUAUUUUCAGUUGUAUAUUGAAGAAUACCUAUGUUUUAUAAU